CGUGUGACGUCACGCGUCGUCAGCGCCCGACCUGGUGGGACUGGCGUGCGGCUCCGCUUGGCUCGCAGUCUGUGCGGCUCCUCUGGUUUCAGUGCGUGUGUAUGUGCGCGUGUGUGUGCGUCAGGAAUCAGUUGAACACUUUACGCGACCGGAGGAAUCGACGGUGAAACACAAACGGGGCGGCAGAUAAGUAGCUGACGAAUGAAGACAGGCGGUGUUUAAGAGGAGGACGGAGACAGGCUGGACUCACUUCCAGGCUCCGUUAAAGCUACUUUGAUGCAACCGCUUAGCUAACAAGCUAACUGGGAAUGUUUUCACAAACUAGCCAGGUAGUUAGCUUGCUAGCUAGCUAAAUGGGCAGGGGAAAAUGGCUGGUUUAAGGACGCCGUGUUAGUGCUACUUUUAUUUUUUAAUGAGACGCCGGUGUGUGGAAGUACAUGCCGAGGUUUUAGGGCUCCGGUAGCGGCUUGGUGGCUAAUUUCCAGCGGGGACAAUAGUUAACUGUCCAGGCAACAAGUCAGACACACGCCGCCGCCGCACAGACACAAGUUUGCGCCGGCUGGUGCUGGGUCGUUGUUGGUGACGGGCCGGUUGGGCUGCGCUGGAAGCGAGUGCUCCUCUCGUGCGAGGCGAUGUUUCGGCCGCGACACGGGAGCGACACUGGGCGAAAGUAGCGAUCCACUUCGGAUGCGCAGCCCGGAGGGUCGUCGGGUCCCUCCGCGGCGCCGGGGAGCACGCUGCCAUUCGAUCGGUGCAACUGUUGACGAGGGGACGCGGUGAAUGAACAUCAUACGUCGCCCACAUGCGUUGGAUCAGCUCCCGGACUUGUGAAAGGCAUCUAAAGCAGAAGGUGGGAGACCUGAGCGCACAGCCCUUGCAGCCCGGGGGAAGAUGGCGGAGCGCUCCCACAGGAGGUGGUGAGACCAAAACUUGGGGAUAUUUUGGAUUUAUCGCCGGACAUCUUAUCGCAGAUCGCAGGACACAUGCAGGCCAGAAAACGCUACCUAACUCUGUUCUCUGCUGGUGCUUGCCUCAUCCUGUUGCUCUGUUUCGGGGGCAUUCAAGUCCCGCUAUCGCGGCAGGGUCCGAGCCGGCGCGAUGAGCGCAUCCUCGCCGGCUUCCACCCCGGGGCGCGGUGGCGUCCCUUCCCGGGGCGCAUGGACGCGUUCAGCUCCUGGAAGCAGGACUGGAGCGACGACCACGACGAACACAUAUCUCCCCGGCAGAAGAGGGACGCUCACACGGGCGUCUACACCGGGAGACGCUGCAGAAUGGAGUCCUGCUUUGAUUUCUCGUCGUGCCAGAGGAACGGAUUCAGGGUCUACGUCUACCCGCAGCAGAAAGGGGAAAAGAUGUCCGAGAGCUACCAGAACAUCUUGUCUUCUAUCGAAGGCUCCAGGUUCUACACACCCGACCCUGGACAGGCUUGCCUCUUUGUUCUGAGUUUGGACACUCUGGACAGGGACCAGCUCUCACCCCAGUAUGUGCACAACCUGAAAGCAAAAAUCCAGAGCCUUCCUCUGUGGAAUGGAGGCAAAAACCACAUCAUCUUUAAUUUAUACUCGGGAACGUGGCCCGACUACACGGAGGACCUGGGCUUCGACAUCGGCCACGCCAUGUUGGCCAAGGCCAGCAUCAGCACGGAGAACUUUCGACCCAACUUUGACGUUUCCAUCCCCCUGUUCUCUAAAGAUCAUCCCAGGACAGGUGGGGAGAGGGGCUACAUGAAACACAACACCAUCCCCCCUUACAGGAAGUACAUGCUGGUUUUCAAGGGGAAGCGGUAUUUAACAGGAAUCGGCUCAGACACUAGAAACGCUUUAUAUCAUGUCCAUAACUCGGACGACGUGGUCCUCCUCACUACUUGUAAGCAUGGGAAAGACUGGCAGAAGCACAAGGACGCCCGCUGUGACAAAGACAAUGCUGAGUAUGACAAAUAUGACUACAGGGAAAUGCUGUACAACUCUACGUUCUGCCUGGUACCUCGGGGACGACGGCUGGGUUCCUUUCGCUUCCUAGAAGCUUUACAGGCAGCUUGUGUGCCUGUGAUGUUAAGUAAUGGUUGGGAGCUCCCCUUCUCAGAGAUCAUCGACUGGAACAGAGCAGCUGUGAUUGGGGAUGAAAGGCUGCUUUUACAGAUCCCAUCAACAGUGCGCUCCAUCCAUCAGGAUAAGAUCCUUUCACUGCGACAGCAAACACAGUUCUUAUGGGAGGCUUACUUCAACUCUGUGGAGAAAAUAGUCCUAGCCACACUGGAGAUCAUCCAGGACCGUGUACUACAGCACACUUCAAGGAGCAACCUCAUGUGGAACAGUCUGCCAGGCGGCCUCUUCAACCAACCUCAAUACUCCACCUAUCUAGGAGAUUUCCCCUUCCACUAUGCUAAGCUGGGUGUCAAGCCCUACACCAAGUUUACAGCGAUCAUUCACGUGGUGACCCCACUGGUCUCCCAGUCCCAGCCGGUCAUGAAGCUGCUUGUGGCUGUGGCCAAAUCCCAGUACUGUGCUCAGGUGAUAGUUUUGUGGAACUGUGACAAGCCCCUUCCUGCCAAGCACCGCUGGCCUGUCACAUCAGUCCCCGUCAUUGUUAUCGAAGGGGAAAGCAAGGUGAUAAGCAGCCGCUUCCUCCCCUACGACACCAUCCCCACUGAUGCUGUGCUUAGUCUGGAUGAGGACACUGUGCUCUCCACCACAGAGGUGGACUUUGCCUUCACAGUGUGGCAGAGUUUCCCGGAUCGCAUCGUUGGAUACCCAGCCCGCAGCCACUUCUGGGACAGCAACAAGGAGCGGUGGGGCUACACUUCAAAGUGGACCAAUGACUACUCCAUGGUGCUGACUGGGGCUGCCAUCUAUCACAAAUACUACCACUACUUGUACACCAGCUACCUUCCAGCCAGUCUGAAGACUAUGGUUGACCAGAUGUCAAACUGCGAGGACAUCCUGAUGAACUUUUUAGUGUCUUCUGUGACUAAAUUACCACCCAUCAAAGUAACCCAGAAAAAACAGUACAAGGAGACUAUGAUGGGACAGAGCUCCCGGGCGUCUCGCUGGGCAGACCCGGACCACUUUGCCCAGAGACAGACCUGCAUGAACAAAUUUGCCAGCUGGUUUGGCACCAUGCCUCUGGUACAUUCUCAGAUGAGACUAGACCCAGUCCUGUUUAAAGACCAAGUGUCCAUACUGAGGAAAAAGUACAGGGACAUAGAGAGGCUAUAACCCAUCAGAGCCCUCCCGCUCUCUGGACAUGACAAGGAAAGAGCGAGAGGGCGGGCGUGCAGAGAAACAUAGAGCCUUUCUGUGAUUGCAUAGGUUGAUCAGUGGAGAUGGAAAAGGGAAUAUGGGUACUGAAGAUCGGAGAAAUAGAGACACGUAGGGCAGAACAUCUAUGGCUCUCCUGUUUCUCCUAUCUAACCUUUUCCUUAUGUGUACUGGUGACACCUGAGCACAUAUGUCUAUCAGCAUACACCAUGAAAGACACCGGAGGAGUCUAAAUCUCUCACCUUUAGACUGAUGUGGUCAAAAUCACGAAGUUGGAAAUCUCAGCUUGCUGCUUCAAUUUGCCGACCACUCUGGCAGUCUGUCUGUUUUGCUCUGUACACUAUGCACAGGUUCCUGAAGGUUUUGCUGAUAGAAAAUUAUUGAUAAUUAUGACUAUGAAGAGGAUAACACUAUUUUGGAUUGUCUUUAGCUAUUUUUUAUACAGUGAACGAAUGGCCAGCACUACUGCUUCUAUUGUCUUAAUGAAAACCAGUAGUGGGGUGGGUAGAGAAAGGAACAACCGCUCCUCGACCAUUAGAACUGAAUUUUGAUCACUGAUCUGAUGUUCACAGUGCCUCAAGUUUACCUUGCGUGUGGAUGUGGGAGUCUGAGAAGAGGACACGGUGCAGAAAUGACACCAUGAUCUUGCUGCUUUCUGUUUUUUGUUUUCAUGGUUUGUGAUUUUCUCUGUGAUUGUUUCAAUUAGGAAUCUCUACUAAAUUCUUUGUGUCUGGGUCAGCAUUCAUAUUCUGGUUAUUGUUGAAUUAUACCGCACAUUCAGGACAUUUCUAUUCAGCGUUUCUAGCUACCUUUCUGGUACAUGUGCCAUUCUGAACAUCCUUACACACCUAGCUAGAUUUCACAAAAUUCACAACAUGGAAUCAGGAGAAGGAACCACAAACAUAAACACAUUUCAGCGGUGUUCCUAUUUUCAUUUUUGCAUCAUCAUUAAUCCUUGUCAUGUCUUUGACUUUUUUUUUUAUUCAUAGACUCAUAUGCUAAUUUGGAAUCGGUACUUGAAUUUAUUCUGGCCCAAAGAACCACAGAGGAGAACCAUAGGGUCUCAGCUAACCAAUGGUCUGCUUAGAACAUAAACCACUGUGAAAGCCAGGGAGCUGACAUCUUUUCGGCAGAUUCAUAUAUUUUUAUCUUGCAGUUGUAAACCCAGUUUCAUCUUAUCGAGCGGCAGGUUUGGCAGCAGCACAUGCUGACAGCGUUUUCAUCUAGUCGUGUCAAACAUUAUUUGAUACUGUCAGAGCUGGCGUCUACCUACACGUACCACCUAGACUGCUGUAUUUUUACCUAUUAGUUAUAAACACAUGGCUGGACUAACAUAAGUUGCCAUUAACAAUUUGUGAUAGAGUUAGAUAACAGAUAAUAGGCAAGUUAUGUUUGCAGAACUUCAAAAAUAGAUUUCAUUAGGAGCUUUCAUUCCAGUAUCUUAGCAGGACGCCAGUUUGCCUUUCUGACCAUCAAACCUUUGAACAACUCCUCUCAGAGGAUGGAGGAGGAGGUUUGCAUGCCAGUGUCUUACAAUGCUUGGAUUACAUUCAGAGAUGAAAAUGCAAAAAACGUUGGCUCAUCGAAUAUUCCACAAGUGAUGUUGCGAUCAGUUCGUGUCAGUCUGCUCGUCCUGUGAAUCAUAUCCCACAUGUACGUUGGCUGCCAUGUGUCGGGGGAACAUGAAAUAGGGGUUUGCAGAGCAGCUGACUAAUUGACAAAGCCAGGUGGCCGUUUGACAGCUAAGUGUUUGGUUCCACUGCCAAUUGGAUUUCAUUUAUUUUAGUCUUGACGUGUCAUCAUCGAGUUAUCUGGGAUUUUUGUUCAAUAUGAAAUCAUUAUUUCAUAAGUGUCAAUCAUGUUCAUCUGUCCUUAUAAGCCAGCAACACCUACAUACAAGUAACAUAAUUACACCUGGCCUGACUACUGUAUUAGUAGAUUUAGCUCCAUUUCUGAAUGAUAAAGCGUUUUGAUGAAACUAAAGUCCUUCACAGACCCCCAAUAUGUGCCAGUAGAGAAUCCUUUUUUUAAAUAUAUAUAUUUUUUACAUCUGAUAAUAAACUUGGGAAUGGCAUGCAUGUUCUGUCUAAAAGAACGGAACAUGUAUGUGUGGGAGACUAAGAAGUCCGCAGAGCAGGGAACUGCAUGGGGUUUUCUACUGCUGAGAAUGUGCUAUCAUCUCGCCAGCCCCUCAGCAAAUCUAGUAUUACUGAACACAGUGCUAUCGAGACAGCUGAAUAAGGUUGUAAACCGGAUCACAUUUCAGAACCGAACGUGGUGCAAUAUGUAAUGUGACAUCUGUCUUUUCUUCUUUCACUGGGUUGUUGUUUGAUGUGCCUUCAAAAGAAAUGCACAUUUUUUUUAUUUUCUCCGUCUGCUUUGCUCAACAAACAGGUUCCUGUUUCCAUAGUAGUGCUUAUCAAUAUCCAAUAACACACAAACGGUUAUCAUCAAUCAUCCAGUACUGACAUUCCUGUAUUUUCUGCUUCAGGAACUCUUUCGGGGUCUUCUUAGACUCAAACUGUCUUGUAUUGUUAUUCUUGUGAUGGUUCACAGGCCGUUUUCUCUUGCUUGUCACAAGUGUAGUAAUAGAUGUAACAUGCAUAAUUCUCUCUCACACAUCAACAGAGGACUCAUUAGACAGGACUGUGUCUCAGCUGAAUUUCUGCCUGCUUCCUUCACUCUCUUCCGUCACUGCAGACCUAAUUUUAUAGAUUAAAAUGAAAAGAUAAAAAAAUGCAAUUUUUUGUAAAAUACUUUUAUAAAAACAAAACAAAAAAUAAAUUGUCUGGUAUAAACA